CCGAAGAAUACGGAAUAGAUAGAGUAAGAAAAGUCAAAGAUAGAUGAGCUGUUGAACAAAGCAAAUACAAGUCAAAUGCUCGGCACACGGUAGUAGAUCUAUACUAGGUACGUAUAGCACGAGAUGAAACCAAGAAAAAGAAUGCCAUGCUUUUGUGUUCAUGGAAGUGAAUAAAUAGGUAGGGCAGUGCCUGAAUGAGUCGUAAGAGCUCUUAGGUUGAAGAAUCUUGGAAAAGUUGGAUUUUGGAUUCCGAGGUUCAUUAGAUUCAUUAUUAAAGUACUUAGCUACUCUACCUAUUUGCAUUUCGAUUGUUGUCGACUUUUGCCUUUUAUAAGUUUACUAUAACAUAAGGGUACCUUAUCAUACCAUACGAUACGAUACUAUUGUCUGACUUGCAAAGCCAUCAAUCAUAUCAUUAAUUAUUGACCUACCUAUCUACCUACCGAGAGAAAGAAUUGCUACAAUACAACACAACGCAAUAUGGGUGUUCUUCCAAUCGAUACUCGUGAAGCUUUACAUUUGAAUGAGCUUCAUUCAAGAGCUACUUGUUUCCGCCGAGGAUACGGGUUCGUAUUUUCCAUCUCCCUCUCUCCUCCCUUCUCUCUUCUCCUCGUUUCACCCAUGAAAACCACCCAUCUCAAACCCAAUCUACAAGUCCCCAAUUAACUCCCCAAAAAGCUACUACAGAUGUAAUUCCGCCUGGUACCGAUUCGGCCGCUGGGUUUUAGCAGGCAUUCUCAUAUUCAUCGGUCUCAUACUCUUGUUUGCCAUUAUGUACGUAUUAAUCUCAUCUUCCUUCCUUCCUUUCUUCCUACCUUUCUUCCUUCCUUCCCUUCUUCCUUCCUUCCCUUCUUCCUUCCUUCCUUCCUUUCAUAUCCCCCCUCCCGUAAAAUCACAUCAUUUCAUAUAAUAUAAUACAAUACCAGAAACUAACAAACUCCCCAGGUGCAUCACCAGAAGACGUCGUCGUCGCAAUCAAAUUCGCUCCGGUAAUACACCCAUGACGUAUAAUCAACCUAAUACCUAUAAUUCGCAACAACAACAAUAUGCGCCGCCUGCGGGGGCACCACCGCAUCAUGGAGGUGGGAAUCAGGAUUAUUAUGGGGCGAGUGGGGUGACGCAGCCGCAGAAUGCGUAUGCGAAGUAAGGGGUUUGAGAAGUAUGGAGGAUGCGGUGGAGAUUUGGGAUGGGAUGGGAUUGGUUUGGUUUAUGGAUAUGGGAAUGGGAAUUGGAAGGGUAUAUGGAUAUGGAUAUGGAAAUGGAUAUGGAUAUGGGUAUGAAAUGAAGCACAAUAAUGAUGAAACGAUGAUGGUUCGAAAGAGGGAAUGGUUAUGGUUAUGGAUAUGGUUAUUACAACGGAAUGAAAUGAAAUGGAAAGGAAAGAAAAGGCCAGGACAGGACAGGAAUUACAGAAUAAUGAUAAACAAAGGAGUACAUUGGCGUUCGUUCGCGCUGAUUUAUUUACUAUUAAAGGAUUUGGAAAAUGAUAAGGUUACUUAUGAGAUAGGGAGUGAGUGCAGUUAUAUGACGAAAUGAAAUGAAAUAAUAGUAAUUAAUGAAAUUCUUU